UCAGUGUGUGAGGAGAGGGGAGAAAUAGCAGCAGGCACAUAAUGAAGCUAAGAUGGCAGCACUGAGUGUGCAGCUUUCAGUUGCGCGGCGCCUGAGGUGAAGCUGACCGGCAGAACCUGCGGAGCUGGCCGGCACUUUGUGAGGGAGAAGCGGAGCCUAGGACGCCGGAGAGGGGGCGCGCACACCUUGCUGCCCUCGCUGGCUGUGCGGGGAGGAUGGUGAAGGGCUCGGGGCGUGGGUUGACUUGGGGAUUGCGGUGAUUGUCGGUGAGAACACGUUUGUCAGCGGCCGGGCUGUACGUCCCAGAGCCGGGAGGAGCCGCUGAGGCCGGACGUGGCCCCCAGAUGCCCGGUUUGCAGUGACACGCACACACCGUCUACACACACACCGCACCGAGGAAGAUGAUGUGCGCAGCAACCGCACCCCCUCCUCCCGCCGCCGCCGCCGCCACGGCUGCCUCAUCCGGCCCGGGGGCCAACGGCUUCUUCCCUGUGCCCGCACCGUCAACCUCCUGCCCCGCACGGCUCACCAUGUCCGGGAGUGCAGAGCUCAGCUCCGGGCCUGACUGCAGGAGUCGCUACCAGCUGCUGCUAUCCGGCAAGGCCCUGGCUGACCGCUACCGGCAGAUCUACACUGCGGCGGUGAAUGACAGAGAGCAGCACACCGGACAGGCGGCCAGGAGUAAGAAAAUUCUAAGCAAGAAAAAAUUAAAAAGGAAGCAAAAGACCAAAUCAAAAGGGAAAUUAAGAAGCAAGGCUGACAACCUGGAAAAUGCUCUUUUCAUACCUGACCUCAAACUUCACAGCAACCCUUCAGCAUUCAAUGUAUAUUGCAAUGUUCGCCACUGUGUCUUGGAGUGGCAGAGAAAGGAAACAUCCCUUAUGGUAUCAUCUAAAAAUUCUGUACAGAGUGGGGAGUCUGACAGUGAUGAAGAGGAGGAAUCCAAAGAUCCACCAGUUAAGCUUCCAAAGAUAAUUGAAAUUGGUUUAUGUGAAGUUUUCGAGUUGAUAAAAGAAACAAGAUUUUCUCACCCGUCACUGUGUUUAAGGAGCUUGCAGGCACUACUCAAUAUUCUACAGGGUCAACAACCAGAGGGUCUACAGUCUGAACCCCCAGAAGUGUUAGAAUCUCUUCUCCAGCUUAUUUUGGAGAUUACAACUCGUAGUACAGGAGCCAAUGAUAGCACUGGACAGUCACUCACUGCACUUUCUUGUGCCUGCCUAUUUAGUCUGGUGGUUGCAUGGGGAGAAACGGGAAGAACCUUACAAGCCAUUUCGGCUAUUCUUACCAACAAUGGCAGCCAUGCUUGCCAAACCAUUCAGGUGCCAACAAUUUUAAACUCUCUACAGAGGAGUGUUCAAGCCGUUCUAGUGGGUAAAAUCCAGAUACAGGACUGGUUUACAAAUGGAAUAAAAAAGGCUGCUUUGAUGCAGAAAUGGUCUUUAAAAGAUGUUCCUGUGGAUGAUGAUGACCAGUGCCUCCUACAAAGUGAUGGCUUCUUCCUCUAUCUUUUAUGCAAAGAUGGCCUAUAUAAAAUUGGUUCAGGGUACAGUGGGACAGUGAGGGGCCAUAUUUACAAUUCCACUUCUCGUAUCAAAAGCAAAAAAGAGAAGAAUUCUUGGUUGGGUUAUGCUCAGGGUUACUUGCUUUACAGAGAUGUGAGCAAUCACAGUAUAACGGCCAUUAGGAUUAACCCUGAAACAUUGGAACAGGAUGGAACAGUCACUGUGCCAGAUUGUAAUGCCGAUGGACAGAACAUCCUCUUUACGGAUGGAGAAUUUGUCAACCAGAUUGCUGCUUCUAAAGAUGAUGGGUUUGUAGUUAGAAUAUUCGCAACCAGCACAGAGCCUGUGUUACAGCAAGAACUACAACUUAAACUGGCUCGAAAGUGUUUACAUGCUUGUGGCAUUUCACUAUUUGAUUUGGAGAAAGACUUGCACAUAAUAAGUACUGGUUUUGAUGAAGAAUUGGCUAUUCUUGGAGCUGGAAGAGAGUUUGCACUGAUGAAGACUUCUAGUGGAAAGGUUUAUUACACUGGAAAAUAUCAAAGCCUUGGAAUCAAGCAAGGUGGCCCCUCUUCUGGCAAAUGGGUGGAGCUGCCCAUAACAAAAUCUCCCAAGAUUGUCCAGUUCUCAGUUGGUCAUGAUGGGUCCCAUGCCUUACUCACUGCUGAAGAUGGGAGUGUGUUUUUCACAGGAACAGCUAGUAAAGGAGAAGAUGGGGAAUCAACAAAGAGCAGAAGACAGUCAAAACCAUACAAGCCAAAAAAGAUGAUCAAAAUGGAAGGGAAGUUUGUUCUUUCCACAUCGUGCAAUAAUGGGAGCAGUUGUGUCAUUACAAAGGAUGGUGAACUGUACAUGUUUGGAAAAGAUGCCAUUUAUUCUGACAGCUCAAAUUUGGUUACUGACCUGAAAGGGCACUUUGUUACUCAAGUAGCUAUGGGAAAAGCCCAUACAUGUGUUCUGUCCAAGAAGGGUGAAGUAUGGACAUUUGGAGUAAAUAACAAAGGACAAUGUGGAAGAGACACUGGAGCUCUAAGCCAAGCUGGAAAAGGAUUUGGUGUUGAAAAUAUGGCUACUGCGAUGGACGAAGACCUUGAAGAGGAAUUGGACGAGAAGGAUGAGAAAUCUGUUAUGUGUCCACCUCGAAUGCACAAGUGGAAGUUAGAGCAUUGCAUGGUUUGCACAGUUUGUGGAGACUGUACAGGAUAUGGAGCCAGCUGUGUUAGCAGUGGAAGGCCAGACCGCGUUCCAGGCGGAGUUUGUGGUUGUGGCUCUGGAGAGUCUGGCUGUGCAGUGUGUGGGUGUUGCAAGGCAUGUGCUAGAGAAUUGGAUGGCCAUGAUGCACGACAAAGAGGAAUCCUAGAUGCAGUGAAGGAGAUGAUUCCUUUGGAUCUCCUCCUAGGUAAAGCUGUCCCUGUUCCAGGUGUUAACAUCGAUGAGCACCUUCAAUUACGACAAGAAGACAAAAGACAAAGGGUUAACCGAAGACACAGAAUAGAUGAAGGAAGAGGAAAUAAUAAACCAAAUGGAAAUUUAGGCCCUUUUGUAUUUCCUGGUCCUAAUUUUAUGAACCACCGAGAGCAGGCUCUAGCCAGACUAAGAGCUCUACCAGCACAGCUAAAGCAUAAACGGGACAAGAAAAAAGAUGAAGGCAGAGAACAGGGAGAGAAGGAUGCCAGCAAAAUUACUACUUACCCCCCUGGAACAGUUCGCUUUGACAGUGAACUUCGGGCUGUUCAAGUCAGCUGUGGAUUCCAUCAUUCAGUGGUACUUAUGGAGAACGGUGACGUUUAUACUUUUGGCUACGGUCAACAUGGACAGCUGGGACACGGUGACGUUAGUUGUAGGGGAUGUCCUACCCUGGUACAGGCACUGCCAGGGCCAAGCACUCAAGUCACAGCUGGGAGCAAUCACACUGCGGUCCUAUUAAUGGAUGGGCAGGUGUUCACCUUUGGAAGUUUCUCUAAAGGACAGCUUGGAAGGCCAAUCCUAGACAUGCCUUACUGGAAUGCAAAGCCUGCUUCUAUGCCCAACAUUGGCGCCAAGUAUGGCAGAAAGGCAACGUGGGUUGGUGCAAGUGGAGACCAGACCUUCCUACGGAUAGAUGAAGCACUUAUAAACUCACAUGUGUUGGCUACGUCGGAAAUCUUUGCAAGUCGGCAUAUAAUUGGUCUAGUGCCAGCUUCUAUGACUGAGCCUCCACCAUUUAAAUGUCUUCUGAUCAAUAAAGUUGAUGGAAGCUGUUCUACAUUUAAUGAUUCUGAACAAGAAGAUCUUCAAGGUUUUGGGGUGUGCUUGGACCCUGUCCAUGAUGUGAUUUGGAGGUUUCAGACAAACACAAGGGAGUUGUGGUGUUAUAAUGCAGUCAUAGCAGACUCGAGACUUCCAUCAGCUCCUGACAUGCAAUUGAGGUGUAGCAUACUAAGCCCAGAGCUGGCUCUGCCUACUGGGCAAAAAGCAGUGACCACCCGAUCGCAUGCAGCAUUGCAUAUAUUAGGAUGUCUUGACACUCUGGCUGCAAUGCAAGACUUGAAGAUGGGUGUCUCAAGCACUGAAGAGGAAACUCAAUCUGUGUUGAAAGUUUAUUCGAAGGAAGAUUAUAGUGUUGUAAACAGAUUUGAAAGUCAUGGUGGUGGCUGGGGGUACUCAGCACAUUCUGUUGAAGCGAUUCGUUUCUGUGCUGACACAGACAUCCUCCUUGGAGGGCUUGGUCUUUUUGGUGGGAGAGGUGAAUACACUGCAAAAAUUAAGUUGUUUGAAUUGGGGUCUGAUGGAGGUGACCAUGAAACAGAUGGGGAUCUUCUAGCUGAGACUGAUGUUCUUGCAUAUGACUGUGCAGCCAGGGAGAAAUAUGCUAUGAUGUUUGAUGAGCCUGUCCUUCUCCAAGCUGGCUGGUGGUAUGUGGCUUGGGCACGUGUGUCUGGUCCUAGCAGUGACUGUGGCUCUCAUGGACAAGCUUCAAUUACAACAGAUGAUGGUGUUGUUUUCCAAUUCAAAAGCUCAAAGAAGUCAAAUAAUGGCACAGAUGUUAAUGCAGGUCAAAUACCCCAGUUGUUAUAUAGGUUGCCCACGAGUGACGGAAGUGCUGCCAAAGGAAAACAGCAAGUCAGUGAACCAGUGCAUAUUCUGAAGAGAUCAUUUGCACGAUCCGUUUCAAUGGAGUGUUUUGAAUCCUUGCUGAGUAUUUUGCACUGGAGUUGGACAACUUUGGUUCUAGGUGUAGAAGAGCUGAGAGGGUUGAAAGGCUUUCAGUACACAGCCACACUGCUGGAUUUGGAGAGACUGCGAUUUGUUGGGACUUGUUGUCUGCGACUAUUGAGAGUAUACACAUGUGAGAUAUACCCUAUAUCAGCUUCUACUAAACCAGUCAUAGAAGAAACAUCCAAAUUGGCUGAGUGCAUUGGAAAAACAAGAACUUUGCUAAGGAAAAUCCUUUCUGAGGGUGUGGAUAACUGCAUGAUGAAACUGGACAAUGAUCCCCAAGGUUAUCUGAGUCAACCAUUAAGCCUUCUGGAAGCAGUUCUUCAGGAGUGCCAUAACACCUUUACAGCUUGCUUCCAUUCCUUCUACCCCACACCUGCACUACAGUGGGCAUGUCUCUGUGAUUUACUAAACUGCUUGGAUCAGGACAUACAAGAAGCAAAUUUCAAAACAUCAAGCAGUCGUCUUCUAGCUGCAGUUAUGUCCGCUCUCUGCCAUACGUCUGUGAAGCUUACCUCAAUUUUUCCCAUUGCUUACGACGGUGAAGUUCUGCUACGGUCUAUCAUUAAGCAAGUCAGCACAGAAAAUGAUACUGCACUAGCGCACCGCUUCCCUCUGUUGGUAUCCUGCAUGGAAAAACUAAGUCAGAGUGAAGAAAAUGUUUUUGGAAUGACAAGCUUUCGAGAAGUUCUAGAAAAGAUGCUAGUUAUUGUUGUUCUACCUGUAAGGAACAGCCUACGCAGGGAGCAUGAACUCUUUUCUUCACACUUGGUAUCCAACACUUGUGGUCUUCUUGCUAGCAUUGUCAGUGAAUUAACAGCAUCUGCCCUUGGAUCAGAGGUUGAUGGGUUAAACUCUCUCCAUUCUGUUAAGUCCACUCCUAAUCGAUUCACAAAGACAAGCCAGGGUAGAAGCUGGAACACUGGAAAUGGCUCACCAGAUGCAAUCUGCUUCUCUGUGGAUAAACUCGGUGUGGUGGUUGUUGGCUUCUGUGUGUAUGGUGGAGGCGGAAUCCAUGAGUAUGAACUAGAGGUUUUGGUGGAUGAUAGUGACCACUCCGGUGAUGCAGGGCACUCUCAUAGGUGGACAUCACUAGAACUAGUGAAAGGCACUUACACAACUGAUGAUUCACCUAGUGAUAUUGCUGAAAUUAGGCUGGACAAAGCUGUGCCCUUAAAGGAGAACAUGAAAUAUUCAGUGCGCCUGAGAAAUUAUGGGAGCCGCACAGCUAAUGGGGAUGGAGGAAUGACCACAGUUCAAUGUCCAGAUGGAGUCACAUUUACAUUCAGUUCUUGCAGUUUGAGCAGCAAUGGUACAAACCAAACAAGAGGACAAAUCCCACAAGUAUUAUACUACAGGAGUGAGUAUGAUGGAGAUCUUCAGUCUCAACUUUUGAGUAAAGCCAAUGAAGAAGACAAAAACUGCAGCCGAGCACUUUCUGUGGUAAAUGCCGUAACAAGGGCUGCUAAGGACCUGCUGCACAGAGCCCUUGCUGUUGAUGUUGAUGACAUUCCAGAACUGCUUAGUUCUUCCAGUCUCUUUUCUAUGUUGCUCCCUCUUCUGAUAGCUUAUAUUGGACCAGUAGCAGCUGCAAUUCCAAAAGCUGCUGUGGAAGUUUUUGGCCUUGUGCAACAAUUACUACCAUCAGUUGCUAUUUUAAACCAGAAAUAUGCACCUCCUCUCUUCAAUCCUAAUCAAUCCACUGACAGCACAACUGGUAAUCAGCCCGAACAGCUCUCUGCAUGUACUACCUCCAAUCACUAUGCUGUAGUGGAAAGUGAACACCCAUACAAACCAGCCAGUGUAAUGCAAUAUAAGGUGUCUUUCCCAGAGUGUGUUAGAUGGAUAUCAGUGGAGUUUGACCCACAAUGUGGCACAGCACAGUCUGAAGAUGUUUUGCGCCUCAUGAUCCCUGGACGAAAUGCACAUAUCUCAGGUUUUGGACCAAAGUUUCCUAUUCAUGAAAGCCUUAAUUCCUGGGUUGAACUUAAGAAAUUUUCUGGCUCCUCUGGGUGGCCAUCUGCUGUCUUAAUAUUGCCAGGAAAUGAGGCUUUGUUCUCUCUUGAAACUGCAUCAGACUAUGUUAAAGAUGAAAAGGCAUGUUUUUACGGAUUUAAAGGUUUUGCUAUUGGAUAUGAAUUUAGUCCCGGAACUGAUGAGGGGAUUAUUCAGCUAGAGAAGGAAUUGGCUAACCUGGGAGGCAUAUGUGCUGCUGCUUUAAUGAAGAAAGAUCUUGCUCUCCCCAUCGGGAGUGAAUUAGAAGAAGACCUGGAAAUUGUUGAAGAGGCUGCUUUGCAGGUGUGCAAAACACAUUCUGGGAUUUUAGGUAAGGGCCUUGCACUUUCACAUUCGCCAACUAUUCUGGAGGCCCUAGAGGGAAAUCUUCCACUGCAGAUUCAAAGCAACGAGCAGUCCUUUCUAGAAGACUUCAUCACAUGUGUGCCUGGAUCAAGUGGUGGGCGGAUGGCAAGGUGGCUUCAACCAGACUCAUAUGCUGAUCCACAGAAAACUUCCUUAAUUCUUAAUAAAGAUGAUAUCCGGUGUGGCUGGCCCACUACAAUAACAGUACAAACAAAGGAUCAGUAUGGGGAUGUUGUUCAUGUACCAAAUAUGAAGGUGGAAGUGAAAGCUGUCCCUGUAUCGCAAAAAAAGACUUCCCUGCAGCAAGAGCAAAUAAAAAAACUUCCUCGGAUACCAGGCAGCCCAUCAUCUUCUGCAUCUUCAGCUACUGAUAUGACCUUUGGAGGCCUUCCACUGCCUAAACUUGAUGCUUCCUAUGAACCAAUGAUUGUGAAGGAAGCCCGUUACAUUGCAGUCACAAUGAUGAAGGCUUAUGAAAGUUACUCAUUUGAAGAACUACGCUAUGCCUCACCAAUGCCCAAAAGGCCAAGUGAAAAUAUGCUAAUUCGAGUGAACAAUGAUGGUACCUAUUGUGCAAACUGGACCCCGGGUGCUGUCGGCCUUUAUACUAUACAUGUUACCAUAGAUGGAAUAGAGAUCGAUGCAGGUUUAGAAGUCAAAGUAAAGGACCCCCCAAAAGGAAUGAUACCACCAGGGACACAGUUGGUAAAACCAAAAGCAGAGCCUCAGCCUAACAAGGUUCGUAAAUUUGUCGCCAAGGACAGUGCAGGGCUCCGAAUUCGUAGCCACCCUUCCCUUCAGAGUGAACAGAUAGGCGUAGUGAAGGUCAAUGGAACAAUCGCUUUUAUUGAUGAGAUCCACAAUGAUGAUGGUGUGUGGCUAAGGCUGAAUGAUGAGACAAUAAAGAAGUAUGUUCCUAACAUGAAUGGGUACAAUGAAGCUUGGUGCCUGUCUUUUAAUCAGCAUCUCGGCAAGAGUCUCCUGGCUCCUGUUGAUAAUAUCUUUUAUGCUAGCCAAGGAACCAGGGAAUUGGACUUUUUAUCUUGGACUUCUAAAACAUUUUUUUCUCAGGAUCAACUAGGAAAUACAGAGGAUAUCUUGAAAGACUUCAAUGUACUUUGUACACAAGAAAUGUCUAUGGGAGAAAAUGAAAUCUCAGUACUCAGGGGUGGGCCAGGAUUCUACAAGGUAGUGAAAACUGGGCCAUCCGGUCAUAACAUCAGAAGCUGCCCAAACCUAAGAGGUAUCCCAAUUGGAAUGUUAGUACUGGGAAACAAAGUCAAGGCUGUCGGCGAGGUGGUCAGUUCAGAAGGUACAUGGGUACAACUGGACAAGAACAGCAUGGUAGAAUUCUGUGAGAAUGAUGAAGGGGAGGCAUGGUCCUUGGCUAGAGAUGCUGGUGGCAAUCAAUAUCUCCGUCAUGAGGAUGAGCAAGUUUUGGAUCAGGGCUCUCAGACUCCACCUUCUAGCCCAUUUUCUCUUCAGAUAUUUCGCCGUACUGCAAGCGGAACCAUUGUGCCAGGGUUUGAUUAUAAUCUUGGAAAUAACAAAGGUGAUCAGCUGAGUGCCAUACUGAAUUCCAUUCAGUCACGGCCUAGUUUGCCAGCUCCUUCCAUCUUUGAUCAAGCUGCAAAACCUCCCUCUUCCCUAGUCCACAGCCCAUUUGUGUUCGGACAAUCCCCCUCCUUCCAGCAGCCUCAGCCUCCGCUUCAGAACCUCACACCAUCCAGCGUUUCUUCUCGCGAACCUAGUAGCAAAAGUAAAGCUGCUCCGUCAUCUGUUUUUUCACCUCUGUCUGUCAAAUCAAAGGAUGAAAGGUCUCAGUUUAAUGCUGCUGCCAAGCCUCCUGCUGUGAACAAACCAGACUUGCCUUCUAAACACAGAGUUGACAGCAAAUCCCCCAAGCCAGAUGGACGAGUCAGUCGUUCUAAUGCUGAUCAGAAGAAACCUCGAAAUAAUGAAGGAAUAACAGCAAGUGAAUCUCUGCUGUUGAAAUCUGAUGCUGCAAAACUGAGAUCUGAUUCCCACAGUCGAUCAUUGUCACCCAACCACAACACACUCCAGAUUCUAAAGAACUCAGAUGGAAAACAAUCUGGUCUCCGAUCAGAAUCCCCUGGACCUGGCUCCCGUUCUACAUCACCAAAGCCAAAGACUGUGCCUACAGGAAAGCCUAAUAUGUCUUGUGCUGGUGCAACACGUUCAGCAUCUCCACAAGAAAAAAAUCUACCUCAAAAAGCUGCAGGUCCUGCAAAGACUAAACUUGAACCACCACGUGAACGGUCCAAGUCUGAUUCUUACACUCUGGAUCCCGACACGCUGCGGAAAAAGAAAGUACCCUUUACAGAACCUUUAAGAGGGCGAUCAACUUCACCCAAACCAAAAAUGUCACAGAAAGAUGGUAAACCAUCUGGUGGCAGUGAAAAUCGAGCUCCUUCUCCCCAUGUUGUUCAAGAGAAUUUGCAUAGUGAGGUUGUUGAAGUAUGCUCCUCCAGUGCUUUAAAGACCAAUAGCAUUACAGACAGUACUUGUGAGGAUAACUCUGAGGUAAAAAGUGUUGAUGAUGGUGCGUCCAAAGUCCAUUUCAGUAUUGGAAAAGCUCCCCAAAAAGAAGAGCAAGAUACAAGAGCGUCUCCCAAAGUAAGCCGCAAAAGUGCUGGUAGGCAUGUUCGACCCAAAAAAGAGAGAACCAACUUUUUGUUUAAAGAAGCAUCAAGAUCUACUGAACCUGCAAAGGAAGCAAUGUCCCCGUCUGUGGCUGAAUGUGCAAGAGCUGUUUUUGCAGCUUUUCUUUGGCAUGAAGGCAUAGUCCAUGAUGCAAUGGCUUGUUCUUCUUUCCUAAAAUUUAAUCCAGACCUAUCCAAAGAGCAUGCUCCUAUAAGAAGCAGUCUUAACAGCCAACAACAUACAGAGGAAAAAGAAGUCAAGUUAAAGAAUAGACAUUCCAUUGAAAUAUCAUCUGCACUUAACAUGUUCCAUAUUUCUCCCCAUGGGCCUGAUAUAUCAAAAAUGGUCAGUAUUAAUAAGAACAAAGUCUUGUCAAUGCUUACAGAACGGACUCUGCAUGAGAAAUGUGAGGAUGGCAAGCAUGAGGCUUCUCAGUUUGAAGUAUCAAACCACCAUUCUACUAAAUCCAGACCCCCGCUUCCACUAACACUUCAGCAUCUUGUAGCCUUUUGGGAGGAUAUUUCAUUAGCCACCAUAAAAGCUGCAUCCCAGAAUAUGAUUUUCCCAAGCCCUGGGUCAUGUGCAGUUUUAAAGAAAAAAGAAGGCGAAAAGGAUAGCAAGAAAGCAAAGAAGGAGAAAAAGAAGAAAGAUAAAGCCGAAUCUAGGCCACGCGGUAAUCUUUUUGGAGAAAUGGCUCAAUUGGCAGUUGGCGGGCCUGAGAAAGACACAAUUUGUGAACUGUGUGGGGAAUCUCACCCAUAUCCAGUAACAUAUCACAUGCGCCAGGCACAUCCAGGCUGUGGACGUUAUGCUGGUGGUCAGGGAUAUAACAGCAUUGGACAUUUCUGUGGAGGCUGGGCAGGGAACUGUGGUGAUGGAGGAGUUGGUGGGAGUACUUGGUACUUAGUCUGUGAUCGUUGCAGAGAGAAAUAUCUCAGAGAAAAGCAGGCAGCGGUAAGGGAGAAGGUCAAACAAUCUAGACGAAAACCAGUGCAGGUGAAAACACCUCGAGCUUUACCCACCAUGGAGGCACAUCAAGUGAUUAAAGCCAAUGCACUCUUUCUACUGUCUUUAAGUAGUGCAGCAGAGCCAAGUAUUCUGUGCUACCACCCUCCAAAGCCAUUACUGUCCCAACUUCCAAGUGUAAAAGAGGGGAUUUCUGAGGACAUGCCUCCCAAAAUACAGUGCCUCUAUUUGCAGACACUAGCAAGACAUCACCAUGAGAACUUUGGUGGCUAUCAGGAUGACAAUCUCUUCCAGGACGAAAUGAGAUAUCUUCGAUCUACUUCAGUUCCUGCACCCUACAUAUCAGUUACUCCUGAUGCCUGCCCAAAUGUUUUUGAGGAACCAGAAAACAACAUGAAAUCAAUGCCUCCUAGCCUGGAAACAAGCCCUAUUACUGAUACAGACUCUGCUAAACGUACAGUCUUCCAAAGAUCCUACUCUGUUGUGGCCUCAGAAUAUGAUAAACAGCAUUCUGUCCUGCAACCACGGGUGAAGGCUAUUCCCAGACGAAGAGUAAACAGUGGCGAUGCUGAAGUUGGCUCCUCAUUGCUGAGACACCCUUCGCCAGAGCUAUCCCGCUUGAUCUCUGCCCACAGUUCACUUUCAAAAGGAGAGAGAAAUUUCCAGUGGCCGGUCUUGGCUUUUGUUAUCCAGCACCAUGACCUAGAAGGCCUUGAAAUUGCCAUGAAACAGGCACUAAGGAAAUCAGCUUGCCGUGUUUUUGCAAUGGAGGCUUUCAAUUGGCUGCUUUGCAAUGUAAUUCAGACAACAUCUCUUCAUGACAUAUUAUGGCAUUUUGUGGCAUCUCUCACUCCUGCACCCGUGGAGCCAGAAGAGGAGGAGGAUGAAGAAAAUAAGGCAAAUAAAGAGAAUGCAGAACAAGAAAAAGAUACAAGGGUGUGUGAACAUCCUCUUUCAGACAUAGUGAUUGCUGGAGAAGCUGCACACCCAUUGCCUGACACGUUUCAUCGUCUUCUGCAAACAAUUUCUGAUUUAAUGAUGUCUCUUCCUGGAGGUAGUGCUUUACAGCAGAUGGCACUAAGAUGCUGGAGUCUUAAGUUUAAGCAGUCUGAUCACCAAUUUCUUCACCAGAGCAACGUAUUUCACCACAUCAACAAUAUCCUUUCCAAGUCUGAUGAUGGAGAUAGUGAGGAGAGUUUCAACAUCAGUAUUCAGUCUGGCUUUGAAGCAAUGAACCAGGAACUUUGCUUAGUCACUGCCCUUAAAGAUAUGACUAGCAUUGUGGACAUUAAGACUUCUAGCAGACCAGCCAUGAUUGGAAGCUUAACAGAUGGGUCCACAGAAACCUUUUGGGAGUCAGGAGAUGAAGAUAAAAAUAAAACAAAGAGCAUCACAAUAAAUUGCGUCAAAGGCAUAAAUGCACGCUAUGUGUCAGUCCAUGUGGACAACUCUCGAGACUUAGGGAAUAAGGUCACGUCAAUGACCUUUUUGUGUGGCAAAAGCGUGGAAGACCUGUGUAGAAUUAAACAGACUGACUUGGAUUCCAGACACAUUGGAUGGGUGACAAGUGAGCUGCCAGGAGGGGAUAAUCACAUUCUGAAGAUAGAGAUGAAAGGCCCUGAGAACACACUGAGAGUGCGACAAGUCAAAGUACUCGGCUGGAAAGAUGGCGAAUCUAUCAAAAUAGCCGGGCAGAUUUCUGCUAGUGUGGCUCAGCAAAGGAACUGUGAAUCAGAGACACUGCGUGUGUUUAGGCUUAUAACUUCACAGGUAUUUGGCAAGCUGAUUUCUGGAGACGCUGAGCCCACGCCUGAGCAGGAGGAAAAAGCUCUCUUAUCCUCACCUGAAGGGGAAGAAAAGGCAACAUCCGAUGCCGACCUUAAGGAGCACAUGGUUGGUAUUAUUUUCAGCAGAAGUAAACUCACCAACUUACAAAAGCAGGUGUGUGCCCACAUAGUGCAAGCUAUCAGAAUGGAGGCAACACGUGUGCGUGAAGAGUGGGAGCAUGCUAUCUCCAGCAAAGAAAAUGCAAACUCUCAACCGAAUGAUGAAGAUGCCUCCUCGGAUGCAUACUGUUUUGAGCUUCUUUCCAUGGUGCUUGCGUUAAGUGGAUCUAAUGUUGGCAGGCAGUAUUUGGCUCAGCAGCUGACAUUACUACAAGAUCUUUUCCAUCUUUUACACACCGCUUCCCCAAGAGUCCAGCGACAAGUAACCUCAUUGCUUCGUCGUGUCUUACCUGAAGUAACUCCAUCUCGUCUUGCUAGUAUCAUAGGAGUAAAGUCUCUUCCACCCGCUGACAUCAGUGAUAUUAUCCACUCAACAGAGAAAGGAGACUGGAACAAGCUUGGCAUCUUGGAUAUGUUCUUAGGUUGCAUUGCUAAAGCUCUUACAGUUCAGCUGAAGGCUAAGGGAACACCGAUCACUGGCACAGCAGGAAUGAGUGCUGGGAAAGGGGUCACGACUGUCACUUUGCCAAUGAUUUUUAACUCCAGUUACCUAAGAAGAGGUGAAAGUCACUGGUGGAUGAAAGGCUCAACUCCAACUCAGAUUGCAGAAAUCAUCAUAAAAUUAAUCAAGGACAUGGCAGCAGGGCACCUUUCUGAGGCCUGGUCCCGUGUGACAAAAAAUGCAAUUGCAGAGACAAUCAUUGCACUGACAAAGAUGGAGGAAGAGUAUCGUUCCCCAGUGAGAUGUAUCGCAACCACAAGGCUAUGGUUGGCUGUAGCAUCAUUGUGUGUACUUGAUCAAGAUCAUGUGGACCGGUUAUCUUCUGGAAGAUGGAUGGGAAAAGACGGACAGCAAAAACAAAUGCCAAUGUGUGAUAAUCACGAUGAUGGGGAAACUGCGGCAAUCAUUUUGUGUAAUGCUUGUGGCAAUCUGUGUACCGACUGCGACCGCUUUCUCCACCUCCAUAGACGAACAAAAUCCCAUCAAAGACAGGUGUUCAAAGAGGAAGAAGAAGCAAUCAAAGUUGACCUUCAUGAGGGCUGUGGAAGGACCAAGUUAUUCUGGCUGAUGGCGCUAGCAGACUCUAAAACUAUGAAAGCAAUGGUUGAAUUCAGAGAACAAACUGGAAAGCCUGCUAGCAGUAGCUCUGAAACAUGCCGUUUUUGUGGUUCCAGAAACGGGACUGAGUUAUCAGCUGUGGGGAGCGUAUGCUCUGAUGCAGACUGUCAGGAAUAUGCUAAGACAGCUUGUAGCAAGACUCACCCAUGUGGCCAUCCUUGUGGGGGUGUGAAGAAUGAAGACCACUGCUUACCCUGUCUUCAUGGCUGUGAUAAAAAUGCAACAACUUUGAAACAAGAUGCAGAUGACAUGUGCAUGAUCUGCUUUACUGAAGCACUUUCAGCAGCUCCUGCUAUUCAGCUGGACUGCAGCCAUGUGUUCCACCUGCAAUGUUGUCGACGUGUCUUAGAAAACAGAUGGCUGGGGCCACGGAUAACCUUUGGUUUUAUGUCCUGUCCUAUCUGCAAGAACAAAAUAAAUCAUUCAGUGUUAAAAGAUCUUCUAGACCCAAUCCGAGACCUUUAUGAAGAUGUGAGAAGAAAGGCUUUGAUGAGGCUGGAAUAUGAAGGACUACACAAAAGUGAUGCAAUCACUACACCAGGAGUACGAUUUUACAACGACCCAGCCAGUUAUGCCAUGAACCGAUAUGCUUAUUAUGUCUGCUACAAAUGCAAAAAGGCAUAUUUUGGUGGGGAAGCACGUUGUGAUGCUGAGGCUGGCCAAGGAGACGACUAUGAUCCAAGAGAGCUGAUAUGUGGAGCAUGCUCAGAUGUGUCCAGGGCUCAGAUGUGUCCGAAACAUGGUACAGAUUUCCUAGAAUACAAGUGUCGAUACUGCUGCUCAGUGGCUGUAUUUUUCUGUUUUGGAACAACACAUUUUUGUAAUGCUUGCCAUGAUGACUUUCAGAGAAUGACCAGCAUACUUAAAGAAGAACUUCCACAUUGCCCUGCAGGUCCAAAAGGCAAACAGCUUGAAGGGACAGAGUGCCCUCUUCAUGUGGUCCACCCACCCACCGGAGAAGAGUUUGCCUUGGGCUGUGGAGUGUGCAGAAAUGCCCACACUUUUUAAAUGAGCUCACACUACUUUUCCAGUUUAUAUAUUUUUUUCCUUUGUUAAUUUUGCGAUGGACUAUAGCAGUCCGUCACGCCAGGCAGGUUCUGGACGACAGCAUCCGGUCAGGAUGGGACCACUUAAGAGUCUACGAACAAGGAAACAGGAAGGAGGCACCAGAUACAGCUGUGUAUUCUCAAUUCAUACUCUUCAUACCAAACUCAAUGUUUUGUAUUUCUUAAACUGAUAGCUACUUGUGAGGUGCUUGCAUGUGGUCAUUACAUAAAGCACCACUGACAAGGCACCAGAUGUGUAUAAAUGCUUGGAUACACAGCAUAUAAAAAGGCUCUCCAUAUCAAGGAUAUAUAAAUAUAUGUAUACAGUAUAUGUAUGAUCAGAAGAAAAGUUACAGUAAUGAGCACUGACUUUCCAAUAGCCCUGUACACACAUACCUGCAUCUUGCGGAAAAAGAGGAGUAUAUAUGUUUAUCUUCUAGACUGUUAAUAAAACUCUCUGGUUGCUGGAGAGGACUGCAAUGUGCUCAGCAGAGAAGAAAGACAUUGCGUUCGGAGGGCACAUAACAUAACAAGGUAUAAAAGUUGUAACAAAUGCUGUACAUAGUACAUAAAGAUAUCAAUGUUUGUCCUGUAUAAGAUUUACUACAUUACAAAGGCAGUUUCAUUUAACUUUCUGGGUUAUGUUUGAGCCUGAAAUUUUAAUGAAGUGCAAUACUGAGUGUGCCUCAUAUCUUUGCAGAUGUAAACUUUAUGGAAUGUACAUGUCAAUAAAGCCACUGUACAUUUUUAUACAGUGACAGUCUGGUGAAUGUUUAGGAUCUUAUUUAAGAGGAAUGGCUUUUAAAAAGAAAAAAUAAAGAAUUAAAUCAUAUUUGUAAAGUC